GCUCUGUCAAGCCACCGAGUGUUUAGGAUGAUCUGUUGGACUGCCACGAUUUCCUACUCCAGAGACACACUGCUAGAUCGGGUUAUUUCCCUAUCUCCUCGCAUUGCACUGCGUUGCACUCAUGGCGCAUGUCCGAUGAAAUAUUGGAGAAACGGCCAGCAGACAUUGGCCCAAGCGCCCCCGCUAUUCCCAGGAUGGCAGCCAACGGUGCAUCAGCGUCAUCCUCAACCCCUGGGCUAUCGCUGGCGGCUCUCUGGCGGCACCGAUCGGUUUCAUAUCCGGCGCUGUUGAGGAACAACAGCCCGCCCGCCCGUCCAUCAUCGCCAUGCUACAUUUCAUCCAAACUCCCGUGCCAAUCACUGCAUCUUUUGUCCCUCCAUCGCUGGGCUUCCGCGUCGCUUGAUCCCCCAAGUCAUGGCUGUCGCUCUUAGCUCCCAGGUCCUGGAGUCGCUGCUAACUCCGGGGCGCCUGGUUCUUCUUUCCGUCCUGUUUGUGGUGAUCUCAUUCAUCGUCGACAUUUCCCGGUUACCCAGCUGUCCAGACUCUCUCCCUCGCGUGGGAUUUGGUCGAGGCCUGGUCGCGUCUGUCAAGAACUGGGUGUAUUAUGUUUCGCGCUAUAAUGAUUGGAUUGCCGAUGGUUAUGAGAAGUACAACAAGAAGGGUCGUGCCUUUGUUGUUCCUAAUUCCCCGAGCCGCCCUCUAGAGAUUGUGGUUCCCAAGUCCCAAACAGCGUGGAUGCUCGAACAGCCAGACCGAGUGCUCUCUACCAAAGAAGCUCAUCGCGACUCUUUAUUUAACGACUACCAGUUUGGAGUUGACGAUCAGUUUCCGAUUCGCACGAUACACAAGCACCUUGCCCGCAAUAUUGUCAAUUUGCUACCUGGAAUCCAGAAAGAGGUUCAUGCCUCCAUCGACGAUGUCUAUGGGACAGAUACAGAGAACUGGAGGACGCUGAAUAUCUGGAACUCUUUGAUUGGCAUCGUCUCCAGAGUUACAAACCGAAUGCUGGUCGGCGAUCCGCUUUGCCAUAAUGAAGAGUUCCUCAAGAACCAGGUGGCCUUCGCUGACGCUAUCGUUCGCAAUGGCUUGAUCAUGAGCUUUUUCCCGAAGGUGUUCCACCCCAUUGUCGGCCCUCUUGUCACCAUUACAAACCGCCGAGCAUGGCGCAAGACCUACGAAAUCGGGAAGCCUGUCAUAGAGCAACGUCUCCGGGACAUGGGACGCAUAGACUCUGGCGCCGACGUACAAGUGCCAGAAGAUAUGCUCACCUGGCUCAUCCGACAGGCCAAAGCCGAAGGCGCAGCAGAAGAACUCAGCCCCGUCAUGCUCUCCAAGCGCCUGCUACCCGUCGAGUUUGCCGCUAUCCAUACAACGGUGCUAACAGCUUCGAAUGUUCUUCUCGACCUCGCAUCAUCAGACCCAUCUCUGGGCUACAUCGACGCCAUUCGCAAAGAGACCUCCCAGGCUUUGAGGGAAGGAAAUGGUCACUGGACGAAGGACAGCCUAGCAAAUCUCCAUCUUACAGACAGCGCUAUCAAGGAAAGCAUGCGCGUUAGUUAUUUCGCCAGGUGCUUGACCCACAGGAAGGUGAUUGCACCUGAAGGGGUGACGAAUCCAACAGAGGGAUGGCACGCGCCCGAGGGGUCAUUUCUCACCCUGGACCUUGCUGGAGUACAUCUUGAUCCAGAAGCGUUUCCUGAGCCCGAGAAGUAUGAUGCCUUCCGGUUUGUGAAGUUGAGAGAGCAGCUCGAUCCGAAGAAUCCCGAGGAGGCAAUGAAGAUCAAGAGACUGGGGAUGGUAACUACGAGCCCAGAACACUUGACCUUUAGCCAUGGGAGGCACGCAUGCCCUGGGAGGUUCUUUGUCGCGCAUGAGUUGAAGAUGAUCCUGGCGUAUUUACUAAAUAAUUACGACAUCAAGCAUAUAGAGAAGAGGCCGCAGAAUGACUGGGUGGGCGCCACUGUUAUUCCGCCAAUGGCAGCCACGUUAGAGGUCAAUAGGAGGAAGAUUUGAUUGCGGCUUCUACAUUGAGUACUUGGAGGUUAUCUUUGGGUAUAUACAGGACGACUUUCACGGCUUUCACUUUUCAAGAUGAGCGCAGCGUUGGGUUGGAUAUCUAGAUUGAUUUAGGAUAUUCAGGGAUGAGGUUUUCCGCAACGACCGAUAUUUAUCAUGAUACAAGCUUUACAGCAUCACAACCAACAACUUGAACUACAGCAACAAGAUCAAUAUAUAUAUACAAUUUCAC